AUGGAUACGUUUUCGGACACAAUUGAUGAAAUGGAGAAACAAGACAAAAAUAUAACAGUUGAAAAAGAAACAAAAGUUUUUGGGUUUAAAUCAGAUAAUGUUCGCCAUCAGGUGAUGGGUUACUUUGUGAUGAAUUGUCUGAGAACUGAUGAAGACUAUGAAAGCUACAUCAAACUGUCGUCCGUUGAUUCUUUGUUAGAGUACGUACGUAAUUGGAGGUACUCUAAAGGUGAAAAUAAGCGAUGUCUAUACUUACCAGAGAAGAUGGAGGACGCAUUAAUUAAGAGACUUGGGUUAGCUGCUAUAAUUCACGUUAUGAUGGACGAAGGGGAUUACGAUAAUGACAACUGCAAUGAAGAAAGAAGAAGAAAAGUUAUAUCAAACGUUAAAGUCCCUAGGGAGUUAUUUGACUGGGAUUAUGAUGCACGAAGUAGAUACGUAGAGUGUGCGAGAAAAGGAACUCAGAUAAUACACAGAGCUCGUGCCAUGAUUGUAGGAUGUGCUGGGGCUGGUAAAACUACACUGCUUAAACGUCUUCAGAGAAAAAAAUUAGAGGAAAUAACAGAUGUGAAGUCAACAGUCGGACUAGAGGUUCACGAAGACAUCUUUGAGGUUUCACAAGAUCAAGAUUCUUUAAGAGCUCUGACGGACGAAUCAAAUAAGGAAGGGAAAACACUUCUGAGUGUUCUGGAUUUUGGAGGACAGUGUGCCUACUACGCUUGUCAUCAAGUCUACCUCAGCAGAAGAGCUUUUUACAUCCUAGUGAUAGAUAUGUCAAAGUCAUUUAAAGACAAGGUUGACAAGGCAUUGUGUGACCAGGAGGGAACCAUGUUUGGUGAUUGGACAUAUGGAGAAUACCUUUUGUUCUGGAUGAAAUCUAUCCAUUUCUACUGUGCUAAGGAUGUCCCCGUCAUUCUCGUUGGAACUCAUCUCGACAGGUCUGAACACCAGACUUCGGAUGAAUUUUACAGAAGAAUUUUGGACCAUUUACGUCACGAUGAAAAUCUCAAAGUACACCUGAACAGAAAGAGGUGCUUCAUUAUAGGAUUUCGGGAAAAUGAUGAACAAUGUCUUGACCAAUUUUUAGAUUUAGAAAAAUGUAUUGUUUCAAUUGCCAAAGAAGACCGAUGGAAGGAAACUAUUCCAAGAGACUGGGCAAUAUGUGAAGUUAUCCUAAGGAAACUCAAAUCAACAGAAAGAAUGCUCUCUCGAAAGGCAGUUUCCAGUGAAUUUUUGUAUUAUAUACAAGAAAAAAGUACAAAUGUUCAAGAUGUUUUGAAACUUUUCCAUGAUAUUGGAAUUAUUCUGCAUUUUGACGAGCAAUGUCUUUCUGAAACUAUCGUAAUUGACAUCCAGUGGUUUGUUGAUGCCUUUAAGAAUAUCAUCACAGACCCAAACCAUGCCUUAGAUCUUGUAAGAGAUCAUGAAGAAUGGAUGAAUUUCUACCAGAACGGAUAUCUUUCGAAUUUGCUUCUCCAAAAAAUUUGGAAAUCAAGACGAUUAGAUAACUCGACUCAAAAAAGUAUUCUCCAAUACAUGCAGCGCUUGGAUUGA